AUGGUUCCAGCACCUCCAGCUGCAGAAGGAAUAGGAACCGGACCAGUGCGGCCAGGUGAUGGGAAACUUGCAGGUGGAGUCUCCAGAAGGGACCCCAGCCUGGCCAGCCCCAGCUGGCGAGACUCCCGCUGCCCAGCAGACUUAUUUCGAGAAAGAGCAGGUUUCUGUGAAGGCGGGGAGGCUGCUGGCCGUCGUCUCUGGCAGAAGCACAGGAAACACUCGUGGCUAAUUCUGUUUCCAACAGGAGACGGUGCUGGGGCUGCCCAGGACACGGGAGACGCAGCCUCUGCCCUCGAGAAGCUCACGGUCUUCCUGAAGAGACAAGUCUGA